CUUAAUACAGGUAGCUAGCUCAUGUCAUGGAUUUCAACAUUGAUUUGUCAACAUAAGGGUUAAAAUAACUUAAAUAAAAAUUAAAUUCUUAUUUAUUAUAAUAGUUUCUAAAUUUUUAGUUCAUUUUAUCCAACCAUACUAUAAAUAAAAAUAUUUUUUACUUUUUUUCCCUACUUCCUCCCAGCCGAUCUCCCCUUCCCUCCAAUCCAACCCCUUUUCUCUCCCCGGUCCCACCCAAAACUUCCUUCUCCCCAUUUACGCCCCAAUUUGGGGGGCAUGAUCAAAUAGUGAAAUUGCACCUCUUUUCUACUCCCCCCUACUGUUCAUAAAGAUCCAAAUGGGUGCAAUUUUAUUGGGACUCCCAUUUACCCCCCAACAAAUGCACCCCCUUACAUUUACCCCUCUAAACAAACAUAGUGUACAUGUAUAAGAUCGAUGCUGUCACUUAUGGAAUGGUUGGAUAAGAGGAAGAAACAAGACAGAUUAAGUUGUUUAGUGUGGAUCCGAUUCGAGCUUAUGACGCAAUUUAAUAAUAUGUAUUACGUUUCUGUCACUUAAAUUUCUUCGAUAACUAUGACUCUAAGAAGAUGAUAAACGAAGCUUUUAUGCGGUGUUUGUUAGCGCUUGGGUGUUUGUACUUUUGUUUUUUUAACACUUUGUAUUUUUGUUACUCACUCAAGGAGAAACAACACACAUGCAAUUAAUCUCAGAUGUACAAAAGUUGUAUGAUUAACAAAUCUUGUCUCUUAGAUAGAAGUAUUUCUCCGAUUUCAUCAGGUGGUGUGAUGGAGUUGAGGUUGUAACGUUCAAUCGCUAUGGAAGAGUGCACGUUGUUCAUUAUUGUUGUACAAUGUGAUUGAUCAUGAAGUAUUAACGAUAAUAAUCGCGAAACCAGCAACCAAAAGAGUAUUAGAUGAACAAUGAUGGGGGAUUAAUUAAGUAACUUUCAUACUGAAUUUUACCAAUUAAACAGGACAAUUAGUGACAUCCUGGUUUCAUUAAUGCAAAGAAUAUUAUACUUGGACCACUCUAUCCAUAUCCUUUUUUAUUUUGUUCCUUUGCAGAAGUCCCUAACUCUACUACAAAUGCCAUAAUUACCAUUUACCACCUACAACUUUAUUCCACUCCCAUUAUAUCCCCACCACAACUCUCAUGAUUCUCUUCAGCCCCACUCCAUUCCUCAUAUCACCAAGUCUGCAUGUGUCAAAUAACUCAUUACCAGAUAGUAAAUGCAUACUUUAUAGUCCCUCGACCCCACUACACCAACCAUUUUUUGUUCAUACACAGGAUUAGAGAAAAUAAAUUAAGCUCAUAAUUUUGACUUAAGCUGCGUGGGUGGGAGCUAAUGAUGCCCCACCUUUCUUAAUUAACUGUGCGAAUAUGGGUUUAUUUGUUUAAUCUUUUCUGUUUUUUCUAUUUGGAGAAAAUGAUUAGUGUCAACACGUCUCUAUACAUGGAGAGAUAUCAUUAUUAAGUAGUAACACUUUGUUUACAUUUGGGUUGGCUGAUCAUUAGUGGGAUGCUGAGGAUGGUUUUGCUUGAUUAAGGAUGGGCUUCUGGAAGAAAAGGUGGGGAGGUUUUGAUUAGGAUGGUGUAACUACUAAUUACUAGGAUUAGGUUGGAUAAGCAGCUAGACUAAUGACUCUAUUAGGCAAACUCUGGCACAUGGGGUACUCAAGUAGUACAGCAUGGACUUACUCACUUUCUAUAAAAUGGAUUGUUCAUGGCAAUGUUAAUCAGGGUGUAAAUGUUAGGUUUACCACUGUAACUCGUCUCAUAUGCGAAGGGGUGGAUGUCUGAGCGAUUGGAAGAAGUUGACUUUCGUGUCGUAGAGAUAUAAUUUGAAUUGUACUAACAUGUAGUAAUUGGAGUCACACCGAAGUGCAUCGUGCAGUUAAUCUUACAGGUUUAGUUUAGUUAUGAUUUGGUAAAUUUAUAUCAUUGCAUUAAAGAGGAUCAUGCUUAAUUUGUACUUAAAAAAUAACAUAUAUGAGGAUUGAAGUCGUAUGAGAUUGGAGUUUGAUAGGUUUUGAUCCAAUCUCAAAUACCCACCAGGAUGAACUAUCAACCACUGACAGACUAGAUUGUUUUGUUUUGUUGGGUACAUCACGAAUUGGAAUAGAAGACACCCCAUAUAGGUCACCUAUUGCAUAGCAAACUGCAAACACCUCUUUUGUUACGGUCCGGCAACGUUACAAUGGACAAUGACAUUCAAAGUUGAUCAUCUUUCACACUCUUAAAAUCUAUGUCUUUUCUUCUACAAGAGUGUAUGCUACAUGAUUAGCUUCCGUGAGAGAGUGAUGCAUGAACACAUUACAAUCCCCGAUUGAUUCAGAGGAACAUCGAUCGACGAAGUUGGCUCGAUUCUUUUCUUUGUAUUACUAGAAUAUUCACUAUAGAUGGUAGGUGACUUAGCUCCCAUCAUAAGUGACCACAGGAAGCAGUAAAAUGCUUCAUUACAAAACAAUUUAAUUUUCCAUGAACAUAAAUCAAAUUCUAACAUAAUUGAUUGAAGGAUGAGGCGAGCAACCAUCUUCAAAACUUGGCUUGAUUUUGUUUGUGUACUUGCUUGGUUAAAAAUGUGUUGUUGCUUAUAAAAAUGAUAAUAUCACAGGAGUGUUGUCGAGUACAGUAAAGCCCAAUCGUUUAUUGUAGGCCAAACCAAGCCCAAUAGAAACAAACGAAAGUCAAUCCAAACCAACCUACUCCUUCAGGCCCGUUUUCACAGUAGACUCACACAAAUCCAACUAGAACCGGCGACGAAUGACGCCGACUCCGUUUACGUUUAUCUUCCCAAUCGCCGAAUUCUCAAAAUUCUGAAGCAUUCGAUCGCCUGCGAAUCAAUCCCCGAAGAAAUCUUGUUGAUUCGUUUUGUUAUCAGCGGCCAAAAGUUAGGCAUCGCUCUGAAUCGAAGAACCAUGCCGAAGAAGAUGGGGGUGAACAGCAAAGCCGAGGUGGCGAGGUCGCGGAAGAACGCGACGGAGAGCGAGAAGAAGGAGCGGGAGGCGAAGGAGAAGGAGGAGAAGUACUGGAAGGAAGCGGAGGGUCCUAAGUCUCGCGCGGCCAAGAAGCGGGAGGAGGAAGAAGAGAAGCGCGCGGAGGCGGCGGCGCGCAAGGCGGAGGCGAAGCGGCUGGCGGAGCAGGAGGAGAAGGAUCUGGAGAAGUCGCUGAAGAAGGUGGACAAGAAGGCGACGCGUGUGGCGAUUCCCGUCCCGAAGGUGACCGAGGCAGAGCUGAGGAGGAGGAGGGAGCAGGAGCAGGCGGCGCUGGAGAAGAAGUCCGAAGAGGCGAAGAAGAAGCAGACCAGGACGGCGGAGGAGGAAGAGUACGAGAGGCUGGUGCUGGUCGAGAACACGAAUCGCGAUGAUUCGAUCAUUGAGGCCAGGACCGUGGAGGAUGCUAUUGCUCACUUGACUGUUGCGGAGAGCUUGCCCGUUGAUCGGCAUCCCGAGAGGAGGCUUAAAGCUUCGUUUAAGGCUUUUGAAGAAGCUGAGCUCCCAAAGCUUAAGGAAGAGAAGCCAGGACUAACUCACAAUCAAUACAAGGACAUGAUUUGGAAGAUGUGGAAGAAGUCUCCUGACAACCCUCUCAAUCAGAUUAGUAGUGAGUAAGCCUGUGCCCCUGUCACAAAACAAAAAGUGGGCAUGACUCGGUUUCAUUCUGGCUUCACUGCUCGCAAGGAGCCUUCCUUCUUGUCUGUUGAAGGUGGUGUCAGAAGCUAGCGGCGUAGCCGAGAUGAGGUGUGGGAGGAUGAUCUUCUUAUAUGGUUGAGUAACUGGUAUAUGGUGUAAAUGGCAUCUGCAUAAACUGCUGCUGAGGACAGUAGAAUCGUGUUCUUCAGUUCUUGGUUGGGAAGUUUAGAAUGUGAUUGAAUCUUAGCUAUGCUGCGUUAUCCAUUGUUAUAAAGUUGUAGCCCAAAUAAAAAUGGGAUGGUUGUGGGGGUAAGUUUGCUCUGUGUACCUGGGAAACAAUGUGGUGGUUGUGUAAACAGUCUUCUUCGUCUUCUUCAUCUCAGAACAAUAAAUUUCCCCAUUUGUC